AUGGCUUCAAGAGAGGAUAACGUAUACAUGGCUAAGCUUGCUGAACAAGCUGAAAGAUAUGAAGAAAUGGUUGAAUCAAUGAAAAAGGUUGCUCAAUUAGAUAUUGAAUUAUCAGUUGAAGAACGUAACUUGUUAUCAGUUGCCUACAAGAACGUUAUUGGUGCUCGUCGUGCUUCAUGGAGAAUCAUUUCAUCCAUUGAACAAAAGGAAGAAAGCAAGGGUAACGAAAACAACGUCAAGAAGAUCAAAGAGUACAAGACCAAGGUCGAAAACGAACUCUCAGAGAUCUGCAAGGAUAUCCUCGACGUUCUUGACAAGAACCUCAUCCCAUCUUCACAAUCUGGUGAAUCCAAGGUUUUCUAUUACAAGAUGAAGGGUGACUACUACCGUUACCUCGCUGAAUUUGCCUCUGGUCAAAACCGUAAGGUCUCUGCCGAAAACUCCCUCCUCGCUUACAAGGCUGCCUCUGAUACCGCCCUCAUCGAACUCCCACCAACACAUCCAAUCCGUUUGGGUCUUGCCCUCAACUUCUCCGUAUUUUACUAUGAAAUCCUCAACUCCCCAGACAGAGCUUGCAAUUUGGCCAAGAACGCUUUCGAUGAUGCCAUUGCUGAACUCGACACCCUUUCUGAAGACUCUUACAAGGACUCUACUCUUAUCAUGCAACUUUUACGUGACAAUUUAACUCUCUGGACUUCUGAUAUCCAAGGUUUGUAUGGUGUCGUCUUUUAUUGUAGUCAAUGUUGUCUAAAAUACUUAUUUCAUUGCACUUAUCUAGAAUGUUCAAGUAUGUUAGUUUCGAUUAGAGCACAAUGUUGUAAAAAAUGGUUUGAUUGUUCUGAAUGCCAUGCAGAAGCAUCAGAUCAUCCAAUCAAAAAGACAGAAGAAAUGAUCUUUGCUUGUAAAAAAUGUUCAAAAGUAUUUAGAAAGUUAAUCAAUGCAGAGUUUGAUGAAUCUGAUGAAUAUUGUCCUCAUUGUGAUAACCAUUAUUAUGUCGAUGCAAAGAAACCAGAAAAGAAAUUAAUGGUAGAAUUCCAAGGAUCAAAGGAAUUGGUUGAUCCAAGAAUGAAGUUUAGAAGAGAUUUAAUGGGUGAUGAAGAAGAAGUUAGAUUAGGUUAA